CCACCAGAGGAUCCACACUGGGGAGAAGCCCUACGAGUGUGGGGAGUGUGGGAAGAGCUUCAGGCAGAACUCCAGCCUGAUCAGCACCAGAGGACCCACACUGGGGAGAAGCCCUACGAGUGUGGGGAGUGUGGGAAGAGCUUCAGCCGGAGCUCCCACCUAAUCCAGCACCAGAGGACCCACACUGGAGAAAGGCCGUACAAGUGUUCCGAGUGUGGGAUGUGCUUCAGCCAGAGGGCCCACCUGAUCACGCACCAGAGGACCCACACUGGGGAGAAGCCCUAUGAGUGUUCCAAGUGUGGGAAGAGGUUUCAGACCAGCUCCCAUCUCCUCCAGCACUAUCAUAGUCACACGGAGGAGAGGCCCUUCCAAUGCCCUGACUGUGGGAAGGGAUUCAAGCACAACUCCACCCUCAUCACCCACCAGCGCAUCCACACAGGGGAGAGGCCCUACGAGUGUGAUAAAUGCAGGAAGAGGUUUCAGAGCAGCUCCCAUCUCCUCCAGCACUAUCGGAUUCACACAGAGGAGAAGCCCUUCCAAUGCCCUGACUGUGGGAAGGGAUUCAAGCACAACUCCAACCUCAUCACCCACCGGCGCAUCCACACUGGGGAGAGGCCCUACGAGUGUCCCCAGUGUGGGAAGAGCUUCUCCAGCAGCUCUCACUUGACCCAACACCAACGGAGGCACCGGUAAGGGAAGCCCUGCGAGUGCCCCGAGUGUGGGCAGAGCUUCGUGCGCUGCUCCAGCUCCAUCCCCCGCUGGAGGAGGCACUUUGGGCACAGCCCAGGUGAGCCACAUUCCCUGUGAUCCAUGUUGGGAACACACCUGG